AUGGGGAGCAGCAGAAAUGCCGUCCCCGACGCAUGGGAAGACGACUGGGAGACCCAGGCCGACAAGCAAGAAGCCCAGCCUACGCAAGAAGCCCCGCCGCCGGCACCAAUGACCAAGGCCGAGCGACGAGCACAGCACGCAGAGACGAACCGCAAGCUCUGGGAAUCAGCCGACACCCGCGAAACGUUCCACUUCGUCGAGGCCACGUCCAACGUGCCCCUCGCCUCGACCUUCAAACCCCAGGUCAAGGUCCUCAGCCGCAAGCCCCCGCCAACCGUGGCCCGCCGCGUCGACCCCGUCACGGGCGCCAUCUCGCAGCUCUCGGUCCGCGACGACGACGACGACGACGACGACGACGAGGCGGGCGGCAGGGCAAAGGCCGUCCAGCCGACGCCCGAGGAGAUCCGCGCACGGCAGCAGCGCGAGCGCGAGGAGAAGCAGAAGCGGUACGACGAGGCGCGGGCCAAGAUCUUUGGCGAGUUGAACCCCUCGUCCGGCGUGACGAGCCUUGGCGGGCACGGUGAGCGUUGA